CAAAUUGUCUACAAGUAGAUCUUGCGCUUUAAACGUAUGAAACAAAAAAACUUUAAAAAACAUUAAUAAAGAUGGAUUCAUCCGAUAAUUCACAACAAAAAUAUUGUGACGAAGAAAUUCAAACGAUACAUGUUGAAGUUAUCAAACUCUUGAAAGAGUCGUCAAUUGUCUUAAAUGAAUUUCUGUCAAAUCUGUAUGAAUUUCUUAGUGAUUUGAGUAACAUUGGAAAUGAAAUCGCUGUUAGUAAUAAGGCUGAUAAAAAAUGUUGUGACGUAGCUUUAGAUUUGACUAAAAAAUCCACAGGUUAUAUUGAGCAUCUUAACAGUGAAAUUCCGAUUCUUCUACGAACGAUUAAAGCAAGUGAUAAAAGAAUAAAAAAAUACAAAGCUGACGUAAUAUCUGCGACUAAGGAACUGGAUUCAUUGAAAAGAAAACUUGAUGAACAUGACAUGAAAUUGAAGCAUAUGACUGAUGAAUUAUCAAUGCAAGUUACAUUUACAUCACAAAUGGGUGCAAUCUUAGGUUCGAUGUUGUGGAGAGUAUCAAAAAAUGAAGAUUCGAUCGACACUUUUAUCAAGACGAAUACAAUUUAUGAAUUCCUUUUAAUGACCAACGUAACAAUGAAUUCUUUUAUGGCAACUUAUAAGAAUGAAAUGCCAUUGCCUGAAUCAUAUGAAUUCAAAUUUCUCAUGUCGCUUAUUGGAAUUACCAUCAACAUAUCAGCUCAUAGAAAUGGAAGAAAUUGCAUAUUGAACAAAGAUGCUGGUUUGACACUUUUCCACAAUAUUUUUGAAAAUCUGUCACGAAUACAAAUGCCUGCUGGUCAACUGCUGAAAAGAAUGUCUCUAAUGUGCAUCUAUAAUUUGAGUAUUUGCACCCAAGGAGCCAGAAUGAUUAAUGAAUAUAAAAAUGGAAUUGAAAUUAUUAUCAGUUGCCUUUCUCUUGAAAACACUUCAGAAAUUCAAGCUUUAACUUUAAGUCUGCUCAUUGCUUUGCUUGACGAAGUUCCAUCUCGUAAUUUCUUACAACAAAUUCUGAAACUGACAUCUUCGGAAUGUUUCCAAUCAUUGUCAUCAAUAAAUGACGACACUGUGAGCAUUGCGUGCAAUAAGUUGAAAACGAAAGUUCAUCAAAUGAAGCAAAACGUCGAUAAUUGCCUUUCUUUUGAAAACACUUCAGAAAUUCAAGCUUUAACUUUAAGUCUGCUCAUUGCUUUGCUUGACGAAGUUCCAUCUCGUAAUUUCUUACAACAAAUUCUGAAACUGACAUCUUCGGAAUGUUUCCAAUCAUUGUCAUCAAUAAAUGACGACACUGUGAGCAUUGCGUGCAAUAAGUUGAAAACGAAAGUUCAUCAAAUGAAGCAAAACGUCGAUAAUGUAAAAUAUCAUUUGAAAGUUUUUGGUUUCAUGCUUGGGUUGUCAGCACUGAUCGGAAUAUAUUUCGGAUUUAUAUCAAAGAAAAAACAAGACAACACAGUUGAAUAUCUGCUUGGUGGAAAAACUAUGAGUUUCCUACCAGUAGCUGCAUCUCUGAUAGCAAGUCACAUAUCGGGUGCAACAUUUCUUGCAGUUCCAGCUGAAGUUUAUAGUUUUGGAUCAGAAUACGCACUUUCGGGUAUUUCCACGGUUUUGUUAGGAGUUGUCGUAUAUUACAUUUAUUUGCCAGUUUUUUAUGACCUUCAACUAACAUCAUCAUUCAAAUAUCUCGAGAUAAGAUUCAGCAGAAAAAUUCGCUUGUUCGUUAGCUUUAUUUACAUUACAGCUGACAUAAUGUUUAUGCCAGUCGUGAUAUAUGUACCAGCACUUGCCUUUGCCCAAGUUUCGGGAAUUAGUCUUCACGUCAUUGCAUGCGUCACAAGCAUUUUCUGUAUUUUCUACACAACCGUUGGAGGUCUGAAAGCUGUCGUUUGGACUGACACUUUACAGUUUGUAUUAAUGGUUGGUGGAUUGAUUUGUGUCACUGUCUUGGGGCUAAUGUCGACAGGAGGAAUUCAAAAUGUUCUGAAAACAUCAGACGAUGGUGGCAGAUUGAUCUUGUUCAAUUUAAACCCUUCACCAUUUGUUCGCACUUCAUUUUGGACUUAUACUAUCGGAUUAACUCUUUCGUGGAUUUCAAAGCAUGGAAUUAGUCAAUCAGUCAUUCAAAGACUUUUAUCUGUUCCAAAUAUUGAAACAGCAAGAAAAUCUGUUUGGGUUUUUGUGUUAGGCUUGACUAGUAUAAAAUUGAUCGCAUGUUUUGGUGGUUUAAUAAUUUACACGAAAUUUCAAAGUUGCGAUCCUGUGAAAUCUGGUGGAAUACAAAAAAUUGAUCAAAUUCUGCCUUAUUUCGUUAUGGAUGUAGCUUCAAAAGUUCCUGGACUGCCAGGACUUUUUAUUGCUGGAAUUUUCUCAGCUGCACUUUCGUCAAUGUCAUCAAGUCUGAACACAGUUUCAGGGACGAUUUAUGAAGAUUUUAUAAGACAUAAUUUCCCAAACAACACAGAGAAGACAGCAAGUAACAUAAUGAAAGUUCUAGUUGUUCUUUUGGGAAUUUUAACACUUUCACUUGUUUUUGUUGUUGAACAUAUGGGACAAAUUUUCAGACUUAAUUAUGUCAUUAUUGGUUUAUUUGCUGGCACUCAUUUGGGCAUCUUUACAAUAGGAAUGUUUUCGAAAUCAGCAAAUACAAAAGGGAUCAUUUGUGGUGCAAUUGGAACACUUUUGGUUAUUGGUACGAUUAUUGUUGGCUCUCAAUCAUUACCAAAGGAACCUCCACUGCCGGUUCGUGUUGAUGGUUGCACAAAUUCUUUUAAUGUUUCUUUACUUACUGAUAACUCUGUCAAAGUAUCGACUGAAGACAUUCCAUUGAUCUUCCGAUUAAGUUUCAUGUACUACAGCUUUUUAGGCUUAAUUUUAAUGUUUCUCAUUUCACUACCAGUUAGUUGGAUGACUGGAGGUUGUGAAGAAUUUGAUGAACGUCUUCUUACACCUUUCAUGAGAAGUAAGAAUUGGAAAAUUGAAAAUGAGAAAGAAAAAAAUAAGAAAGAAAUUUUAUAUGAUAAUUUGAAUUUGAAGGAAUUUAACUCCAUCAACAUUCAUAGUAAAAGCGACAUUACUUUUAUUCGUUGGAGUCACUUGCACGUAACCCUUGGAGGUGAAUCAACCAAAAUGGGAAAAAUCCGAGUUUUCGUUAUUGGAUGUGGAAUGACAAAGUUUGAAAAGCCUGGAAGAAGACAAGACUUUGAUUAUCCUGAUAUGGCGAAGGAAGCCGUAACAAAGGCACUUGCUGACGCUAAGAUUAGCUACAAAGAAGUUAAGCAAGCUGUUGUCGGAUAUGUUUAUGGCGAUUCAACUUCAGGUCAACGUGCAUUGUAUGAAGUCGGAAUGAGCGGCAUUCCAAUCUACAACGUUAACAACAAUUGUUCAACUGGAUCAUCUGCAUUAUUCCUUGCGAAACAAUUGAUUGAGAAUGGACAAAACGAUUGCAUUAUGGCUCUCGGUUUUGAGAAAAUGGAACGUGGAUCAUUGAGUCAAAAAUUCACUGACCGUACAAGUCCAAUGGAUAAACAUUUCCAAGUAAUGUCGGAGACAGUUGGAUUUGGAAGUGCACCACCAACACCUCAAAUGUUUGGCAAUGCUGGUGAAGAACAUAUGAGACUUUAUGGAUCGAAGCCCGAACAUUUUGCUAAGAUUGCAUACAAGAAUCAUAAGCAUUCUGUUAACAAUCCAUACUCGCAAUUCCAAGAAGAGUACACAUUUGAGCAGAUUCAGAAGUCGCCAGUUAUCUACAAACUUCUCACCAAGCUUCAAUGUUGUCCAACAUCUGAUGGUUCGGCAUGUUGCAUUGUUGCCAGUGAAGAGUUUGUUCGUCGACAUGGACUUGAAGCUCAAGCAGUUGAAAUUGUUGGAAUGGAAAUGUCGACUGACUUUGCAACAACAUUCAGCAGCAAAAGCAGCAUCAAACUUGUUGGCUAUGACAUGACCAGAGAUGCCACAAGAAAAAUGUUUGAGAAGACAAAUUACAAGCCACAAGAUGUUGAUGUUGUUGAACUUCAUGAUUGUUUCUCAGCAAACGAAAUGAUUUCUUAUGAAGCUUUAGGAUUGUGCCCAGAAGGAAAGGGUCACGAAAUGGUUGAACGUAACGAUAACACUUACGGUGGAAAGUAUGUUGUCAACCCAAGCGGUGGUCUCACUUCCAAAGGACAUCCACUUGGAGCAACUGGUCUUGCACAGUGUUCAGAAUUGUGUUGGCAAUUAAGAGGUGAAGCUGGAAAACGUCAAGUUCAAGGCGCUAAAUUAGCUCUUCAACAUAAUGUCGGAUUAGGAGGAGCUGUUGUUGUUGGCUUGUACAGAUUGGGCUUCCCAGGAACUCGCAAUCCCUCAGCAAAAUUGUAAAAUUUCAAAGAUUUCAUUGAUAUUUUUUUAACCAUCAAAUUUAUCCGGUAUUGGGAUUUAAUUUUAUCUUUUUGUAUGAAAUUUUAUCAUUUGAAAAUGUUUCUAUAUAAAAAUGUGUUGCUUUGUUAGGAAAUUUUGAUGUUGAUUGUUGACUGAAUCCUCAAUUUAUUGACAAACAGAAGUUGAAUAGAUUUUUAUUCUGACAGCAAUCUGACAGCUUUUUAUUAAAGGAUUAGAUUUGACAGAAGAUUAAAACGGAAUCCUAAUCUCGAUACUAAUCCCGA